AAUGUUUGCGAAUAUUUUAGUUGGAACAAGGUCACACGUGCCAGUUGAGCUGUUUUACUUACUGCUAUUGGACGUGUUGAGUUUUAACUGUUUUUUACUAGUUAUUUACGAAUAGUAAAAUCGAUAUUUGAAGUGUUAACGAUGGAAUCAAAGCAGCCUUCCUGUUCAUCCUCCGUGUGCUGCGGGGCGCCGGUGGAAAAAGGAUGUUUCGUUUUCGCCAUCAUAAAUGCCGUUAUAUGCCUCGCAGCGUCCCUCGGUAGCCUGGCGUACCUGAUUUUAGCCCUAUAUACCUGGUUCGACGGAGAAUCCCGAAGCUCUAGCGACAUGGUGCUGGUGUAUCUGUUCACGGGCAUCGCUGUGGGCUGCUGUGUGGGCAGCGCCAUAGCGCUCACGUUCGCUAUCGUGCUGGUUGUGGGAAUUCGCAGAGGCAACAAGGGCUACGUGAUGGCCUACCUGAGAUACGGCGUUGCCGUGGUGGUGCUGAGCGUGCUCGGGUGCCUCGGGUUCAUCGGGCUGGAGUGGGGCGAGACCCAGCUCAUGAUGUACACUUUGAUCCCGCUCGGGGUUUGCGUUGUAUACUCCUUGAUGCUUAUCCCCGUGUACCAGACCUACGUGGUUUUUUCAAAAAGCGCGCCCGCCACACACGCGAGACUGAUCAACAGCUAUGAUAUUUGAAGACCUCUCAUCUGAAGUUUGACCUGAAGGCCGCAAAUACGCUUCACCUGUAUCUGAGGACCUACCGUGAACACCGAAGUCGGCAAAUAGAGGUCAAACUGCACUUUUAAAAUUAUUGCAAAAAAUAUAAAAAUUUCUUCUAAAAAUGCCCAAUUUUAGAACGAAAUCGUCGAUUACUUUUUUGUAAAAAAAUAUUAAUAAAUAACAAUGUAAUGACAGUAUAACACACACACUUGGUAACGGUCCGUAAUAAGUGAGCUACGAGCGGUCGGGUUGAGCUGGAGCGACACCAGAAGGGUCACUGAAGAUAGGAAGGCGUGGCGCGACCAUGUGAAGGCCCUUUACACCUCUGGGCACCCCAGUACAGCAACAACAACAAUGCAAUGGCAUCGAUAGAUGGAAAUCCAUGGCUUCUGCCUACCCCUCCGGGAAAGAGGCGUGAUUAUAUGUAUAUACAUUGAUAGAUAGCGAUCCCGGGCACGCACGGCUGUCCGCUCAGUGCUUAGCGAGCUUUGAACUGAACUCACGGUGCCUUAACUCUGACUGUACUCCCCCUGGUCGCCUCCGAUCUAGCGUCCACUCAACUGGGCUAACGCUGGCAGCGUCCAACGCAUAUUUUUGUGUUUUUUGUUGUUGUUUGUUUUGUAUUUUUUGUGUAUGUUUUUUGUAUUGCACAUUUGUCAAAAAUGCUAAGAAAUUCCACCACUACCACCGACAUAGUAUAUAAAAAAAAUCUGACUUUUAGGUAGUUUUUCGUGACCGACGCUAAAUGUUCAUUUUAUUUUAUAAGUUUUUGAAAUAAAAUGAACAUCGCGGUUGGUUUCUACUGGAAAUUAUUAAAUUAAAUAAGCGAAUGUAAUGUACAGCGCAAAACAGGUCGGCGGUCCAGAUUCGGACCGCGGUCCGCCAUUUGGUGACCCCUGAUCUAGUUGAUGAUCUGUACCAAUGAUGAAUCGCGGCUGGAACGCGACUGUAGCGAUUUAGUAGCAAUGGAAAACAGCAUUUUUGCAAAUUUGAAAUAUUGGCAUUAAGCUUCAGAAGCUACUCAGAAUGGGGGAGGAUCGCGUAGUCAAGGAAGCGUACUUGGGGCGACCAACCGGCCGUCGACCGAUCGGGCGCCCCAGGUACCGCUGGUGUGAUAUCGUGGAGGCGGACCUGCGUCGGCUGAAUGCCAAUUCAUGGCAGGAAACCGCGCUGGAUCGGGACAGGUGGCGUUCUCUCGUUUCGGAGGCCAAGAUUCUUUUUGGAUCGCUGAGCCAAAGCAGUUAGUUAGUUGGCAUUAAGCUUCAAAUUAGAUCCGGAAAUACUACGUAUCCGGUGCGAUGACUGAAGAUGAUAUGUAAAGGAAUUUCAUACAUUUGAGAAAAGCACUAUACAAAUCUCGGCGAGAAUCGGGGUUGCCACCUGCGUAUUCCAAUCCGAUCUCUCUACGCUAGGCCGUGCAACCCUUUCGUUUCCCGGCCUCUAUCCUUGUAAGCCCCAAGGUUCUACCUGUAGGACUUAGUCAGUUCGAUGAAAUUUAAAUCAUAUUCAAUUGGAACAGAGUUUCAUUUGUUUUAUUUCGUUAAAUUUUAAACAAAAUAAAAUCAACCGUAUUCCUUGCACUAUAGGUUCAAAUUUCAGUGGCAAUUUUGGAGCGGAUUUGUCAUUUCGAUGACUGGCUUAGGAGGCUUUAAUAAUGUACUAUUACGCGAGGGUAUAAUUAUGAACAUCGUCGUGACUGUAUUGUUCUGUCCCACCAGGCGUAAUAAUUGUAACUGCCAUAAUUUUGAAUUUGGAGUGUAAGCUACCGAAGCCUUCUCUCUGCCGUGAGACUCUCACGGCAGAGAGAAGGCUUUGGUAGCUCAGUUGGAUGGAGUAACUGUAAUUUCGAAGUACCAAAAUCCGGACUAAUAAUGAAGACAACUUUUUUAAACGCACGCUGCAUAUGUGCUUAUAAUACUUAUGUUAGGAAGUUUUCUAAUCUUAAUUAUAGUUUUAAGUUAUACCUCUAUGUACAAACUAAUAAUUUAGAAAAUGUAUUUUAUAUUUGAUAAAGAAAUAUACUUUUUUACUAUACAAAGAA